AUGACAAUCGAGCUUGAAGAACCUCCAUUAACACAGGAUAACUUGCAAGUAUACAAGGACCUCUUUGGUGGUACCGUCGGUGGAAUUGCGCAAGUUCUUGUGGGCCAGCCCUUUGAUACGGUGAAGGUGAGAUUGCAAUCAGCGCCAGAUGGAAUAUACAGUGGAGCUGGGGACGUUAUAAAGAAGCUUUUGGCUAAUGAGGGCCCAAAAGGCUUUUACAAGGGUACUUUGACACCUUUGGUUGGUGUCGGGGCUUGCGUUUCUGUGCAAUUUUCAGUGAAUGAGUUCAUGAAGAGAUACUACGAUAAUAAGUUACAUGGACAAUCCUUGUCACUUUUGCAGUUUUUCAAUUGUGGUGCUGUUGCAGGUUUUGCUAACGGUUUUUUGGCUGGUCCCAUUGAACAUAUUCGUAUUAGAUUGCAAACACAGACAGGUAGCGUCAAGCAGUUCAAUGGUCCUAUAGAUUGUAUGAAAAAGCUCACUCAGCUGACAGGUAUUCAGGGUUUGUUCAAAGGUUUGGUUCCUACUUUGGCCAGAGAAUCAAUUGGCUUGGGUAUAUACUUUGCAACGUACGAGGCAUUGAUCGCCAGAGAGUUGAAGAUGAAGACGUUUGCCACCAGAUCCGACAUUCCUGCUUGGAAACUCUGUAUGUACGGUGGGUUGUCAGGUUAUGCCUUGUGGCUGGCCAUUUACCCUGUCGACGUAUUGAAGUCUAAGUUGCAAACAGACUCUUUAUCAAAGCCAUCGUACAGUGGAUCUGUCAGUGUUGCCAAGGACAUCAUUAAAAAAGGUGGUAUCAAAGGUUUCUAUAAGGGAUUCCUUCCCACCAUAUUGAGGGCAGCUCCUGCCAAUGGUGCCACAUUUGCUGCGUUUGAGGUCACCAUGAGAUUGAUCAACUAA